GUCGGAACUACUCGAGGCCCCGCAUGAGUUUCACGCUGGCCUGUGUUUCUGACAAACUGAUAGAUACAUUUAGGCUCAUUCAGUGAUUUUUACCCCAACGACCAGAAAGCGUGUCUCAGCAGCCGGGAUUGACCGCCAUUUUCAGUAUUUACUCGCAAACCCCUCGAUUUUGUUGUGUUUUAUCUGAAAUAACUGUUCAGUAAUCACCGGAGCUGACCAUGGCUAGGAGUCGUAAGGACAGCAAUGGGAAGAGCGACUCCGAGGCGACUGAUAAGGACACCAAGCGUGAUAAGGGCCGUGAGAAGGACAGGAAGAAACGUGCUGCAUCGUCGUCGAGUAGUGGAAGCAGUUCAUCAGACAGCAGCUCAGGAUCGUCGAGCUCCAGCAGUGGCAGCAGUUCUCGUUCGAGUUCUUCAUCCAGUAGCUCGUCAAGCAGCUCUGGUAGCUCGUCAGGGAGCUCCAGGGACAGAAACCGUAAACGCAGUCGUAGCAAGAGUGCUGAUGUCUCCAGGAGGCACGAUAACAAGGAGAAGGAGAGGGAGAAGGAUCGAGAAAGGGAGAGGGAGAGAGAACGAGACAGGAAUAAGGACAAGAAGAAGAGUGAUUCUGUGGUUGAUAAACCAAAACCCAAAGGGAGAUCUAGGUCUCCAUCGCCAAGAAGAUCAGUCUCUCCCCGUCGAAAGCGUCGCGAGCGCUCGCCAAUACCUCGUCCCACGAAGAUCCACAUCGGUCACUUGACCAGAAACGUAACAAAGGAUCACAUAGUGGAGAUAUUUUCCACCUACGGUCAGAUAAAAAUGGUGGACUUUGCAGUGGACAAGAUGCAUCCAAAUCACGGUAGAGGGUUUGCUUACGUUGAGUUUGAGACAGCUGACGAGGCUGAGAAUGCCAUGAAGCACAUGGAUGGGGGCCAGAUCGAUGGGCAGGAGAUAACAGCAGCUCCAGUCCUUCUGCCCAAGCCCAGACCCAUGCCCAUGAGGCGAAUGUCCCCUGGGAUGGGCAGGGGUGGACCCAUGCGAUGGGGAGGGAACAGGAGAAACUCACCACCUCGUUAUCGUCGACGUUCACCUCCGAUGAAUCGUCGCAGAAGCCCGAGGCCUCCCAGGCGCAGGCAGAGGUCCAGGUCCAGGAGUCCUGUUAACAGUUCACGUCACAGGCAUCGGAGAUACACCAGGUCCAGCUCCAGCAGUUCACGAUAAAAUUCAUAGGCUUUGGGUGUAAAUUAUCAUUUGGGGAGAUUCGUGGGAGGAGAAAAGUGAAUUAAAAACGAUUGAUGAUUGAUUGAGGAAAAAAUUGUGAUUCAGUUUCAGGUUUUGGAAAGUAUCUUGGAAUUGUGGAGAGAUGGGAGGAAUUUUAUGCAGGAAUUUACGAAAAGGUUUCUGUGAACAAGGAUCUCCAUUCGGUCAGGAGAUACUUAUGCAAAAACUGAACUAAAAAGAGUCGUUUUUCAUUUUUUUUUCUUGAAUUGCCACUGUAUUGCCGACUUUUGAACAUCAAAGGGCUGAAGAUAGUCUUUUCAUUGAUCUUUGGUGGGAAUUUAUGAGUAUUGGGGUUGGAAAUGUAUUUUUUCAAUGAAAAAUAGAGUUGGAAGGCUAAUUAAUUAUUGAAAAAUUGAUGAUUUUAGAUGCAAAUUCAAAAUUACUCGUUAUCGAGAUAAUUGCAUAAUUAUGAAAAACUUUUACUUCAACCCCAGAAAUUUUGUUAUAAUGAAUUAUUAAAAUCACAUGAAAUUCCCAAAUCAAUUAUCACAGUAAAACCGACGAAGUGAGAAUGAUUUACCACUAAUAUCGUAAUUUUAGUUAAGAAUACUGUGAAACAAAUAAAAAUAAAAAUUGCCAAUAGGUAUUUUUUAUGCACUGUAAAUGUUAACGAAAUAAAUCAUUCGGAUAAUGAAAUACUGUACAAUGUGUGGGGAUUAAAAAUAAACAAACACUUUCAUUUUUCGACAA